AAGCGCCCUCAUGGAUCUGGAUGCGGCGGGAGACGACAGACAGUCAAUCGGGGCCAUCAGUCAAGUUCAGCUUCAGCCCUACUUUCGCCCAUCGCUGCCAGUGGCGGUCAAUCAAUGUCUAUCAGAUCAGCCACGUCCCCGCCCCCGCCUUUGCCUGGACUCUGACGCUCGAAGCUGAACUUGAUCUGCCCAAGAUGAAAUAACAAUACCUCCUAACAAUGACAAUGAUCAUCGUGAGCAUUAUGGCGGCGAUUCCAGCUGUGCUGUGUACCUAAGUCUUAGCGAGGCGCAGGCAGUACAUUGUCCCCCUCCGUAGGCGCCAGAGACAAGGACUUGAAGCUCUUUUAUGUGCCUGGGCGAAGGCGUGACAGGCUGAAGUUCCCCCUGCAAAGCCCAUAGUGCCCCCUCCUGAGGAAACGUGUAAGCCCCCUCGGCCUCCCUAAGCCUCACCAGCCCUCAAUCUCCACAAUCGCAGCCAGCAAGCGCAGGGCGUCAAUGGCACAGAAGCCACCAAAAGUACGCCGUCUACCACCACAAGUGAUCAAUCUCACCCUUUCUAGACACAUUAUUGUCCUUGACAUUCUUAGCAGCCGGUACUGGUCUUUCCACAUCGAUCCACCGAGGGCGUCGUCGUCCAACUAAGCGUCGACACUGCCUCACGCAGCUCAGCUCGCAUUCCUCUGCUGUCAGGCGUGACAUGCCUCAUUCUUGUAUGCAUGUAAAGAGAUAUCGCCAAUUCCGAGCCAUUCCUUGAUCCAUAUUUCCCGUCGUCGCACUAUCGAGGCUUUGGUCCGGGUGCUACUCGGACAGUUUGAUAGUACCGACGUCGAAAAAGAACAGCGACUAUGCCGAUGCGAGAUCUGCUGAGAAAGAAAGAGAAGCUUGACAAGGCUACACCUGAGCAACAACAGCCACUACCCCAGGCGAGCGACUUCACCUUUCUCCGUACAGACACGCACACCGAAGAACAGAUUGAGCCUCCCACUUUCGAAGCGGAGGAGGAAGAACCGGGCCCUAGGCCUCCCUCUUCUGAACCGAAAACACCCCCUGCGAACAGGCGAUCAUUUGGACUGUUUCGCAAGAGCGCCAGUCCCGCACGCUCCGACACUUCAUCUCCGGAAAAGUCGAAGAAAGAACAUAAAAGACUUUCUCGAAGGCUUCACUUGACUUCUCGAGAUCGUUCCACCAGCGUGAACUCGGUCAAUCUGCCACCAGAUCUUCCGGACAUUGAAGAUGCAUACACCGAUUCGGGAGACGUUCAGGAGAAAGAAGCAAGAUGGGAGAAACGUGCUACCAUGUUAGCCAGCAGUGUACCUAUUGCCCCUUCGGGGCCACCCACAGGAGGAGACUCGCAAGGCUUGGGUGUGGGAUCGUCGCCUUCCCGUCCGCGCAGCCCCAUUGCCGACCCAAACAGUGACGUGAAUAUACAAAAAGCCAUCCAACUCCACGAAGCAGGCCAGCUUGAGGAGGCAACGGAGAUGUUUCGGCAGCUUGCGGAUCAAGGCAACGUCCUAUCUCAAGUCUUGUACGGUCUGUCCCUUCGACAUGGAUGGGGUUGUCAACCCGAUCCUGCUCGAGCGGUCACUUAUCUGUCGGCGGCGGCGUCCAAUUCUGCCACCAUUGAAGCAGAUGCCCUGAAAGCGGGCAUGAAGAAAGGGGGCGCCGCCAAGGGGGAGCUAGUGCUGGCCAUUUUCGAACUCGCCAACUGCUUCAGACAUGGCUGGGGAGUUCCAGUGGACAAGGUUGCUGCACGGCACUACUAUGAAACGGCAGCGAAUCUGGGCGACACGGACGCCAUGAAUGAGGCUGCUUGGUGCUAUCUUGAAGGAUUUGGCGGCAAAAAGGACAAGUUUAAAGCGGCACAACUUCUCAGACUGGCGGAACGCAACGGUUCAAAGACGCUGGGCAAUAGUUGGAUCUGGAAGGAGAAGUACGAUCCACCGAAGUGAAUCGAGGAAACCAGACCCCGGCACUGGCAGUGUCUUUCUCUUUUGACGCUUUUGACGAUCCUCAAGACUGAAACCUUGGCUCUCAUCCACCAAUCAACCGUGGUCGAGCCGGCAGAAGGAUUCAGAAUAUUCGAGUCCUCUUCAAUCUGCCUACAUAACAACUACUGAGGCUGUACCUUGACAGGCCACCGGGUAGAGGCAAGAGAACUUGUCCAUCACUCACAACCAUCCAUCGGUCUUCAUUCAUUCUGAUCAUCCGGCUACGACAGAAUUCCGGCGGCCGGCACAUGCAGGUCCACAUUUUAUUCACACCACCCCGACGUAGGCAUUCAUGGUUGGACCUCCGAAACCAAGAGCAUAGGCGGUGAAGGACCCAAAAGAAGCAAUAACCUGUCUGUUGCAAAGUUGGAAGCUUGAAGUCUUGGAAUCUUGGAUUUACAGAACCUAUGCUCCAUGGCGACCCGAUUGCAAAUAUGCAAAACUGGAACUCGGAGCGUGGGCACACCGUCUGUCUGUGCGUCGCGUCGUGGACACCGCUCCGUCCCGCCCGCUCCGUGCAUGAUACUACUAGUACUACCAAUUCAUCUAUCCGGGCCGUUACCGGGCCUCAAAUACCUCGACUCGAAUUGUAUCUCGACGACGUGCAAAAUCCAAAUAUGGGGACGACAUACCUAGGAAAUAAAUGGGUAUUACUGUACAAUGGCGGUGUGCGUGUGCAUAUGCAUUCAUUUCCCGUACAAAAUAUACCAUGUCAUAACAUAACAGUAUCCUGCUUAUUCCCUCUCCGA